AUGUCCUAUGACAGAAAACAGAACUCAGAAUUAUGGGAUAGUGUCAACGAAUCAUCUCUUAUAAGGGUAUUUGGGCCAGUUGGCGCCGUAGAACAAUCUACGGAGAGAGAUACAGACAAAGAUACCGACAACGAUACAGAUGAAGAAGCCAAAUUUCAGACGAAAACCACCUCCAACCAUAUAACAGUUACAACUUCAACUCAAGAUUGGGGCUCUUUGAAUGAUUCGGAGUUGAUCAGUUUCAUAAACAAAAUAUCGCAAAGUCAUGCACAAUCCAACACGACAGUUAAUGACACAAACGUUAUUGAUCAGGCUUCCGAGAGAAACGUUGACGUUUCCUCAAACCCAGAAGGAGCUAAAGAGGUCCCUACUUUGGUUUCUUCACCAGUUUUAUUUGCACAAGAAACAGUGCUAGAAGAUAUUGAACCGUUGGAUAGCGAUGGGAUGGAUAAGAUGGAAAAAGAUCUGGAAGAUGCCGACAAAUAUGCAUUUGACGACCACUCAAGUUACUUCAAAAUGAAAAAUAUCAAGCAGCAGGAACAAGGUGAAGCUUUAUCCAAAAUCUUAAAAAGAGGGGAUCCUAGUAGGUAUCCGCCGAUAUUUUCAAAUUGCAGAAUACACGUGAACGGUAGGACAGAUCCAGACAUUCUACAGUUGAGGAAAUACAUUGUUUUGUAUGGUGGGACGUAUGUUCAUUUUCUAAGCAAUAAAUCUGCUGCUACACAUAUAGUUGCUGAAUCCUUACCCCCAAGAAAAAGGAUUCAGUUUGGAAAUUGUAAAGUUGUUACUCCUAAAUGGAUCAUGGAUAGUAUCGAGAGUAAAACACUAUUGAAUUGGGCAGAUUACAGGCUUGAACAAUUAAGAGAGCAUGGUCAGACUUUGAUCAUCUUCAACAAACAAAAGGACAUAAUAAGGGAGAGGUCAUCAAUCAACCAAAAUGAUGCUUUAGAUGUCGGAGUAGAACAGAAAGAUGUAUUUAUGGAAAGCGACGAUCAUUUGUCUCAAGAGCUGCAACGUGCUGGAGUUACAGCCCGGGACCCUAAUUUCCUUCCUAUUUUUUUCUCAAAGUCUCGUUUACACCAUUUGAGUACUUGGAAGUCAGAAUUACGUUCGGGUUUCAUAGAUAAGGCUAUAUCUGUAUUGAAGUCUCGGAAUAUCAAACCUAAUAAGAACCCCAAAGUGAUUCUACAUGUCGACUUUGAUUGCUUCUUUGCCACUGUAUCGGCACAAAUGCAGAAACCUCCCUUAGACAUUACUAAAGUUCCAUGCUGUGUGACUCAUGGUGGUAAUUCUGCUGAUAUAGCAUCCUGCAACUACGUUGCCAGAAAGUUUGGGGUUAGAAAUGGAAUGUGGAUUUCAAAAGCUAGAUCGUUGUGUCCUGAGUUAAUUUGCAUGCCUUAUUAUUUUGAGGAAUAUGAAAGAAUAUCUCAGUUGUUUUACCAAAAGUUGUUAAGUUUCAAUGUCGACUCUAUUUUGCCCGUGAGUAUAGAUGAAGCAUUGGUUGAUAUAUCCACACUAUCUAAAGACAAGGAAGUGGAAGAGAUCAUUUUGCACAUCAAAGAGGAGUUAGAUCAAAUAACAAAAUGCUCGGUGAGUUGUGGAGCGGGCAGGAACGUUCUAAUUGCAAAACUUGCAUUACGAGAAGCUAAGCCUAACGGGGUAUAUUACCAAGGUGACGACGACUCACUUACCGAAUUUUUGGAUAAAGUUGAUGUCAUGAAUUUGCCAGGGUUUGGGACACAGUUACGUCGAAAAUUGGAAACCUUGAUCAAAAAACCACAUAUAACACUAGCAGACUUGAGAAUGGUUGAACAGUCCAAGUUGGUAUCUUUGUUUGGUGCAAAAAUGGGAGAGAAGUUAUACAAAUUCUCAAGAGGAAAAGAUGAAACAUCUAUUGAUGUGUUGUCCGAACCUGAAAAAUAUAUGAGAAAGACCGUCAACAUUGAUGUUAAUUGGGGGAUUCGAUUUGAAACAAACGACCAGGUCGAAAACUUUUUGCAAAGACUAGCAGCCGAGUUGAGCCGCCGGUUAGUGGAUAUUGAUAUGGCUGGAUCUACGGUUUCUCUUAAAUUAGCCAUACGCCAUCCAGAUGCUCCUGUCGAGCCGGCUAAAUAUCUAGGAAUGGGCCUUUGCACCUUUCAAUCAAGAUCUUCCAGACUAGGAGUUGCAACGAGGGAUUCCGGCAAAUUGGGGAGUGAGCUUAAAUAUAUGUGGAGGUUUAUGAAUAUCAAUCCUCUGGAUUUGAGAGGGGUAGGGGUAUCUAUGAGCAAAUUGGUAAAAUAUGAUCCUGGGAAUCGCAGUGUCAGUAAUCAAAUGAAGCUUGAUUUUAAGCUUAAGGACAACAAAACAUUUGAUUCAGUAAAUCAGCACAUUGCCGAUUCAAGGCUAAAACCACCUGUAACGUCUUCUAAAAAGCUCGCUAUGGGUUUGCCAGACUCUCCUAAGAGAGCAUCGACGUCUCCACAGAAUGCAAGACCAUCACCUCUUCCUGAUAUUAAAGCAGAAGAUAUUGAUUGGGAUAUUUUUGAAGAGCUACCACAUGAUCUUCAGGAUGAAAUCAAGGGCGAACUAAGAAGGCGUAAUCUGAUAUCUUCUCCAAGAAGGAAGAAAGGCAAUCAGUCAAAAAAUGAUAUUGCCUAUUUGGUCUCUCCUAAAAGAAAGUUUCCUAGAAAAGAAACAAAUACAUUAUUGAUAUCACCGGAUAAAAUAUCAGAAGAAAAGCAAAAAGAAUUAAUAUUUCAAGGGAUACCAGUAUCGGAGGAAACGCUUAUAUAUGAAAAGAUCUAUUUGUGGAUAUCUAUUACAAUUGAAAACCAAUUACCCAUAAAUGACGCCGAUCUUGAGCUAUUUUAUGAUUUCAUGUUAAAGCUAAUAUCAACUGACGAUAUGUUGCGGUUCAUUAGGAUUCUGGGAAAGAUAGAGUAUUAUAUACAAGCACAUAGUUACAAACCCGGUUACGAGAAAUGGGCGGCAGAAAUUUCAAAGCUUAAGUCUAUCUUGGAAAAUCAAUCAUUUACAGAGUUUGAAUUCAAGUUCUAA